GCAGGAAUUCUUUAUCCGGAAUCAUUCCGAUUCCUUUAUGUGUUAGUAAACGCAGGAAUGUUUUUACCCCAUAAUCAUUCACUCUCAUUCCAAGUAAGUAAACGUGCCCAUAAAUUAUAGAGAAACUAUUGGAGUUGAUUUUAGAUCUUUUUGCUUAUGCAGGUGUAUUAACAAAAUGGAGGGCUUUAAGGGUAGACCUCCCUUGCCGCCGCCACCAUCACCAUCCUCAUCCUUAUGGUGUCACAAUGAAAACCAGGGGACUGGAAACCCAAUAGAUACAGCACUUGCUCAAAUCCCAGAAACUCAGCAGCAAGUGCAGAAUGUUGAUCUUUUGGAGGUUUCGCGAGUUGAAGUACCAGACUCUGCUCAUGAUAAGAAACUCAAAAGGAUUCUGGCUACCAGGGAGUAUUCAAGGAGGUAUCAUAUGAAACAACUCCAGCAUAUUGGGAAACUGGAAACAGAAAGCAAAGUGCUAGAGGUAUUGCCUGUUAUUACCGUUAUUAAUUUACUAGCCUCAUACCCGUGCGAUGCACGUGAUAUUAGAACGUAG